ACCACUUUGAUCCGUCGCGAUGUCCCAAGCCACUGGCUUGCUCUACGCCCUGGUGGCGGCCGUGGCCUUUGGCAUCCAAUAUGUGCCAGUGAAGAAGUAUGAGAUCUUCGAGGGCACUGCUUUCCAAUGGUUCAUGUGCAACGGCAUCCUGAUGGUUGGUUUCAUCAUUGCCGCGGCCAGCGGAGAACUGGAGCGUGGGAUUUCGCCUUUGGUCAUUUUUGGCGGAGUGUUGUGGGCAUUGUCAAACUAUUUGGUAUUGCCUCUAGUGAAGUUACUCGGCAUCGGCCUGGGUUUCUCGCUCUAUCACUUCGUGAAUCUGAUGGUGGGCUAUUGCAUCGGUCGAUUUGGCCUCUUGGUGUGAAGAAGCUCACCGGAGAACUGAUUUACUGUGACAUCGGUUGCUUUCUGGUUCUCGCAUCCUUUUUCGCCAUGGUUUUUGUGGAGGCAGGUCACGAGUCCAAAGAUGAUUCGGACAGCGAAGGCAGCUCCGACGAGUCGGCGCUCAGCGCUGAAUGGGAUGCACGUGCGCGCAGCAUGGAUCCCAUGGCAGCUGAGUGUGACGUGAGAUUCAUGGCAACUGGUGGUUUUUCGGUCUUCGGGGUACCUGAAGGUGAUCAUCCACUGGGCAAGAAGCACGGCCAGAUCGACUUGAGCCGACACGAGCACAUCACUUCAUUGGAUCGCUUGGGACCAGGAGCUCAGAGGCUGCUGGGUGUCAUUCUGGCCAUCCUGGCGGGGGGCCUCUGCGGAGUUCAAGGCGUGCCUGCCACCCUUUGGGAGGCUUCACACCCGGAGGCUGAAGCCUUUGCGGUCGCCUUGCCUCAGUGUAUUGGAAUUUGGGUAUGUUCCAGUGGAAUCUUGAUCCUCUAUUCCAGUGUGGCCGUGAUUCGAGGGGUGAGGUUGAAGAAGUCCGUCAUCGGCCCCGCCUAUGCCAGCGGUUGCAUCUGGGGCGUGGGCUUCGCUUGUAUGAUGAAGGGCAUUUCUUUCCUGGGUUAUUCCGUGGGGUACACCUUGGACGCUGUCGGACCCAUCCUUGUGUCAAGCCUCCUUUCUGUCUUUGUGUUCAGAGAGAUCACGGCCAAGAAGCCGUUGCUGAUCUACUUCGGCGCCUUCUCCUUGCAACUCGUGGGCGUUUUGCUCAUUGCAUGCUUUGGUGAGCCGAGCUAAUGAUGCUAAUGUGGGCUGUCCCUCAAGUGGGGCGCGCGAAGCUGGUUAGCAAGGCAGGGAGCCCCGUGAAAGCUUUUUUUACCC